AUGGUCUUGGAACUGAACCAAGUGAUUAUUCCCACUUACGGAACUGUGCCGGAUCAGCAAAACCUUCAUACUCCUGAAUGGGCUGAUUUUGAUGAUAAGCCUGACUCCUUGUUCUUCAACGAUGGGCAGCGAAGAAUUGACUUUGUUUUGGUGUAUGAAGAUGAAAGCAAAAAAACGACUCAUAAGAGGAGUGAUCGUAAAAAGCAAAAGAGGAAGAGACAAGUGUAUGAAUCAAACCUGAUAAACAACGGCUUGCAACUUGAAGCAACGAGAUCGGUUUUGGAUGAAAAACUUAUUUUUGUGAAAGUGCAUGCACCUUGGGAAGUGCUGUGCAUGUACGCCGAGGUUAUGCACAUCAAAUUGCCUCUGCAACCCAAUGACCUGAAAACGCGAGACUCAGCUUUCAACUGGUUUAGUAGACUCUUCAGAGUGGAUGAAAAUAUCAUCAAACCCGAGCAAGAGUUUUUCACUGCCCCUUUUCAAAAGGAACAUUUGUCUAACUUCUAUAUUCAAGACAAAGACACAUUUUUCAAUCCUGCAACUAGAAGCCGAAUUGUUCAUUUUAUCCUGUCCCGUGUGGAAUAUGCAACUAAAAACAACGUGAAAAAGUUUGGCAUUAACAAAUUACUGGACACAGGAAUCUACAAAGCGGCAUUUCCCCUUCAUGAUUCUAGUUUUAGGCACCUGUCAACCGAUCCUGACUGCCCAAGUGAACGAUAUCUUCUCUACAGAGAAUGGGCUCAUCCUAAAAACAUUUUCAAACUGCAGCCCCUGGACUUCAUCAGGAAAUACUAUGGAGAAAAAAUUGGAAUCUACUUUGCUUGGCUGGGGUUUUACACUAAUAUGCUGAUCGUGGCUGCAGUUGUGGGAGUUGGCUGUUUUCUGUAUGGAUGCCUGACAAAGGACAACUGCACAUGGAGCCAAGAAGUAUGUGAUCCCAACAUAGGAGGUAAUAUCAUAAUGUGCCCUCAGUGUGAUAAAGCGUGUACCUACUGGAACCUCACCAUCACCUGUGAAUCAUCCAAGAAACUCUGUAUAUUUGAUAGCUUUGGAACACUGGUGUUUGCAGUAUUUAUGGGCAUAUGGGUUACUUUGUUUUUGGAGUUUUGGAAGCGGCGGCAGGCUGAACUGGAGUAUGAAUGGGACACGGUUGAGUACUUAGAGCAAGAAGAACAAGUUCGCCCAGAAUACGAAGCUCGAUGCACUCAUGUAGUAAUGAAUGAAAUCACACAGCAAGAAGAACAUGUACCAUACACUGCCUGUGGGAAGUGCAUAAGGAUGACUUUCUGUACAAGUGCAGUCUUCUUCUGGAUUCUUUUGAUUAUUGCUUCAGUUAUUGGAAUCAUUGUCUACAGGCUCUCGGUUUUCCUGGUGUUUUCUGCAAUGUUGUCACAGCACAUUAGUGGAACGGAGACGAUCCUCAAGUACCUGACUCCGCAGACAGCCACUUCAGUAACUGCUUCACUCAUCAGCUUUAUAGUCAUUAUGGUUCUCAACGUUGUCUAUGAAAAAAUGGCAAUCCUGAUUACCGACUUCGAGCUUCCAAGGACACAGACUGAUUAUGAAAACAGUCUGACCACAAAGAUGUUCUUGUUCCAGUUUGUCAACUACUAUUCUUCAUGCUUCUACAUAGCCUUCUUUAAGGGUAGAUUUGUAGGUCACCCUGGAAAUCCAGUUUAUUGGCUAGGAAAGUAUCGCAAUGAAGAGUGUGAUCCAGGUGGAUGUCUCCUCGAACUCACAACUCAGCUUGCCAUCAUAGUAGGAGGUAAAGCGAUCUGGAACAACAUUCAAGAAGUGCUUCUUCCUUGGGUUAAGAAUCUAAUCGGAAGAUACUGUGCAGCUACUAGAUCAGAAAAAGUUGUUCCACGCUGGGAACAGGACUACCACCUGCAGCCCAUUGGAAAACUUGGACUGUUCUAUGAGUAUCUUGAAAUGGUUAUACAGUUUGGCUUUGUCACUCUGUUUGUGGCAUCGUUCCCCCUGGCUCCUCUUCUGGCUCUUAUUAACAACAUGUUGGAAAUCCGGUUGGACGCGUGGAAGCUGACGACCCAGUUCAGGCGCAUGGUUACACAGAAGGCACAAGACAUCGGUGCCUGGCAGCCCAUCAUGCAAGGCAUAGCCAUUCUGGCGGUGGUCACCAAUGCUAUGAUCAUUGCUUUUACAUCUGACAUGAUUCCUCGUCUGGUUUAUUACUGGUCCUUUUCGGUCCCUCCUUAUGGGAGUCACAGCAGUCACACUAUGAAAGGGUAUAUAAACAGUACGCUUUCUGUCUUCAAUAUAUCAGACUUCAAGAAUGCAAGCAAGCCAUUUUCCCCUUCUUGGUUUGGGAACCAAACAACAUGCAGAUACCGGGAUUUCCGCUACCCUCCUGGCCAUCAGCACCAAUAUGAGCAUAACAUAUACUACUGGCAUGUCAUUGCAGCCAAGCUGGCUUUCAUCAUUGUCAUGGAGCAUGUCAUAUACUUUGUGAAGUUUAUUAUUUCAUAUGUAAUUCCGGAUGUAUCAGAAAAGACCAAGAGCAAGGUCAAACGAGAGAAGUACGUAACACAGAAACUCUUGCAUGAGAACGAUCUCAAAGUUGUGAAAAAAACCAUGGGGAAAAUAGCUGACAAAAUUUUCAAAGGAGUAGAUAGCACCUUCCGACCGAAAGCUGAAUAA